AGCUACGCAACAGGGCCUACUUGAAGGGAUCGAGACGGCGGUCCUCCUAACGGUUUCUCUCCGGCAGCGAACCGAUUCGUUCCAAAGAGGUUGCGCCGUUCUCGCUCCCUCCCCGAUGCUUCUUAAACUCAACGCCACCAUCAUCUUUUUUAGUGUCACGCUGUGAUUGCGAAGAGAAACCUAACGAUUGAAAGUAAUUCGGCCGAAAGAGGAAGCGUGCUUUGACUCCAAUGGCGACCGGUGACGAUCAAAAGCCUCUGAGGUUGAUUGCUGACGCCUUCAAGGACCUCGCCGACAAUCUCGGCUCCCAAUCGCCGAGCGGAAUCGUCCAUCUCGAAGUCGCGCCUUUCUCUCGCGCCUGCUCUCUGGUCUCCCCGCUGUUCGGCUGCCUCGGCAUCGCCUUCAAGUUCGCCGAACUUGACUAUGUCGCUAAGGUUCACGAUCUCGGCGAGGCAUCGAAGUCGUUCGUGACGCUACAAGUGAUGAUCGAUCGGGAUAUUGAGGAUAACCGCGUGAGGAAGGCCGGGAGCCAUACGCGGAACCUUCUGAGGGUCAAGCGUGGGAUAGACAUGGUUAGGGUAUUGUUUGAAAAGAUCAUAGCCACGCAGGGAAAUUCAUUAAAGGAUGCAGCUUCAACAGCCUAUGGUCAGGUAUUUGCUCCACACCAUGGAUGGGCAAUUAGGAAAGCAGUUGCUGCAGGAAUGUAUGCUCUUCCUACCAGAGCACAGUUAAUGAAUAAGCUUAAUGAAGAUGAGACCUCGGCAAUAACACAGAUGCAAAGUUACAUUGCUUCAUCGAUUCCAGUCAUCCAGUAUAUCGACAAGCUUUUCCUUUUGAAAGAACUGGGUCUAGAUUGGUGAAAGCUUGAACUGCAAAUUACUCACCUAGAUUCAUAUAUAUUUAUUCUCCUCAGCAUCUUUAACAUGCCCCCUUUCAUGAGCCUAGCAUAAAUCCGGCAUCUGAGCUACUGUACGUUUUAGAAUAAGCUGUAUUCUCAUUUCUGCUGGGAAUGGGUUUCAGUAGCCUGUGCUGUUGUUAGUUGUGGUGUCCAGUUUGUCAUAACAGGAAGUUGAUGGUUAUGUUCUUUGGUGUCAUUUUCUGUUCAGAGAUUAUAGGAAGGUAUCGUUUUCUAGUUUCUAAUGGCAUACGAUGUUGCAAUUCCGAGUUAAAUUUCUCUUCUUAUUCCCUCUCUGACCUUUUCUAUUUUUUUUGGUAAAAUACUUUGUGCACCUAUAAAUAUAAGAAGUGCUCCUCAUGGUUUAGAAAUUG